AUGAAUCCUAUGAUAACUUUCUUUCCUGGAUAUUUAUUCAUACCAUUAAUUAUUUUUGGAAGUUCGGCGCACAGUAACUCCUAUGCUGUGAAUAAAAGCAGAAUUGUUGAAAGCAAUGAAUGGAGCUAUCCUGAUUUUGGAAAAGAAUCUAUUCAUAACACCGGAAGGCGACCGGAAAAACUGGCGAUACAACAUUAUAACCGAGAGGCUGAUCGAAACGUGACAUUAAAACGUGGUGUGAGAAAUUAUCAAAAACCAUCCGAAAAAAUAACGAGACACAAAAACAAAUACAGGCCGUCAAGUGCUCUAAGGAAAAAUGUCAGUCCCCAUUACACGGAUGACAGUUCGGAAAAUAAGCAUUACCAUACAUUUGAAGAAAUUCACGAGCACAUAGAUGAAGAUGAUGGACAGUACCAAGCAUCUGAGCAAAUAGGAACGCAAUCCAUCCUAAGUGAACACGUGGAAGAACAGUCAAGUAAGAAGGAUAACAAGCGGAUGAAAGUCAAGAUCAAGCAUCAUCAUCACCACCAUCAUCAUAACCACAUAAAGGAAAUGAUAAAAACCGUACCUCAACCCUAUCCCGUGGAAAAAGUUGUGCAUGUCCCCAUUGAGAAAAUUGUGGAGAAGAUCGUACACGUCCCCAAGCUUGUAAAUGUUACGGUUGAGAAAAUAAUACACGUGCCAAUUGAAAAAAUUGUGGAGAAAGUGAUACACAUUCCCAAACCUGUCCAAGUUCCAAAGCCGUAUGUAGUUGAAAAGAUCGUUGAGAAAAUAGUGCAUGUCCCAAAACCGUAUCCCGUUCUUCGGACUGUGCCCUAUCCAGUGGAAAUCAAAGUCCCCCAAAAAGUGCCAGUCCCCUACAAGGUGGAGGUUGAAAGGAAGGUUCCCGUUUACAUUCGAUCAAGCGAGCCAUAUAAAUUCGAGCCAUCACCUUUCGAAAGCUAUCCCCAUGCUGAAGAGUUCAAAUUCAGUGGGGAAAUGAAUCAUCCGCCACCUAGAGAACAUAGAGAACAUGAGCCUUCUUCUCUACCAUCGUCGAAUUACUAUAAUCGGAUAUACAAAUCAAGGGAACUAGACCAUCCUCCGCGGUUAGAAGACUACCAAAAUUCAAUUCCGCCGCAGUAUAAUCACGAAUAUGUAACGAAAAGUAGUCCUGAGCCGCAGUAUAACCACGAAUAUGUAACGAAAAGUAGCAUUGAACCACAGUUUAAACACGAAUACAUAACUAAAAGUAGUUCUGAACCGCAGUUUAAGCACGAAUAUAUAACUAAAAGUAGUCCUGAGCCGCAGUUUAAGCACGAAUACAUAACCAAAGGUAAUAUUGAAGCAACUUCUUCUGGACGUGAUUCGGUUUCUCUUAAGCUUGUGGGCCCCCCGACUCAUUUCAAUAUAACUGGAAAGGAUUUGGAGACCGCCAACUCAGCUCCAGAAUUUAUUAAUAGCUCAAAUGUAGACCUAAGUCCGCAGGAAUCGGUUAACGCCUUUCGUGGACUCCCUUUCUCCUUACCAUUCCAAUUUGUUCAGCUGCAGCCAAUGGCCUUUCAAAACGCUAUAAACAUGGAACUGCCAGUUCCAUCCACGGCAGCUGAGGGAGCUCAAAAGUAAAACAAAAUCAGCAAGCCGAACCUGCCAAAAAAUAAAUAUAAAAAUUUUCCCCAACAUUGUUAUAAAUAACUUCAGUGAACUAAGUUAUUUGAGCCAAGCCUCCCUUACAAUAGAAUCAAUUUUAGAAUG